AUGACCGUUUCACCGCCAGCAUCGCCGACGGGCGCGACCCCGCGACCCAUCAGCGCUGUGAUGCGCACUCCGCGUAGUACCAGUCGCCUGAGUAUGAGCAGCCGACAAGGGAGUCGUGCUUCCGAUGAAGAUGGCAAGACUGCAGUCAAAGUCGCUGUCCGUGUACGACCACCACUGAAACCCACCGACCCCGGUUACGAAUUGAUUCCCCAGCGAUUCCAGCGUUCUAUGGUCCAUGUCACCACACCAACGAGUCUGGACGUGGAGGUACCGAAUGGUCGCAAGUUGUUCGUGUUUGAUCGAGUUUUCCCCGAGACCACCGAGCAGGAGGGCAUUUGGGAAUACCUGAAUGAUAGUGUCGACUCUUUUGUCCAGGGCUACAAUGUCUCGAUUAUGGCGUAUGGGCAGUCCGGUGCUGGAAAGUCCUUUACAAUGGGUACCUCCGGCCCCAGUGAGCAGAAGAAUGUGCAUGAUAUGGGUGUUAUCCCCCGUGCUGCGCAAGCCUUGUUCGAUAAAUUAGACGGCCCCUCAAAACACACGAGGACUAGUUCGACCUCGACCGGCCUCCGAACACCGCAACGAUAUUCUAUGAGUUCUGCUGCAAGCUUUGGAAAACUGAACCAGGAAAAAGAAAAGACCUGGCAAUUGAAAGCUACCUAUGUUGAGAUCUAUAAUGAGCACCUGAGAGAUUUGCUGCUCCCAGAUUCCACCCCUUUCAGUGAUCGCAACAACGUUACAAUUCGCGAGGAUACCAAGGGUCGCAUCCUUUUGACCGGUCUUCACCAAGUGAACAUCAAUUCCUUCGAGGAUCUCAUCAAUGCCUUGAACUUUGGCUCGACCAUCCGCCAAACAGACUCCACCGCAAUCAACGCCAAAUCAUCCCGGUCGCACGCGGUCUUCAGUUUGAACUUGGUCCAACGCAAGGCUUCAGGCCCAGUGACCCCGACUCCCAAGGAAAAGCGCAUGUCAAUGCCUGUUGAUUCCUUCGGUGGCGAUUCCAUCACUGUCGAUAGCAAGUUACACUUCGUCGAUCUGGCGGGUAGUGAACGGCUGAAGAAUACCGGGGCCUCCGGUGAACGCGCCAAGGAGGGAAUUUCCAUUAACGCUGGCCUAGCAGCUCUAGGGAAGGUCAUCUCACAACUUUCACGCCAGCACGGUUCCCACGUCUCUUACCGUGAUUCCAAACUCACUCGACUUCUUCAGGAUUCCCUAGGAGGGAACGCAUAUACCUACAUGAUUGCCUGCGUCACCCCAGCAGAGUUCCACCUGAGCGAGACUCUGAACACUAUCUCAUAUGCUCAGCGCGCCAGAGCCAUUCAGAGCAAGCCGCGCAUUCAGCAAAUCGCCGAUGAUGGCGACAAGCAAGCAGUCAUUGACCGACUCAAGGCCGAGGUAGCUUUCUUGCGCCAACAGAUCCGCAGCAGCGAAGGGUCUGAGCGCAGGGAAGGUAGCUCGACCGAACGAAGCGAACGCAAGAACGAGCGUGAGAAGCAUCUGCAGAAUCAGCUGUUGGAUAUCCAAGAGUCUUACAACAACCUCAGCCAGCGCCAUGCUAAGCUCAUCUCGACCAUGGCCGAUGACUCGGAAUCGCAAACCAACGGCGAAACGAACGAAGCGACUUCGGAGAUUGGCAAGAGUUCAGUCGAGAGAAUGCAGCGGUCCAAGUCCUUUGCCGAAUCCGUGGAGCAGAUGGUCCUGGAGUACGAAAAGACCAUUCAGACCCUGGAGGCAUCGCUUUCUGACACUCGCGCCUCUUUGUCGACCGCGGAGACCGACCUGCUAGAGCGUGAGUCCAAGUGUGCCUACAUCGAGACUGUCAGGGAACAACUUCAGUCCCGCAUCCAGAAACUGCUGGACCGGGAGGCUAGCACUGAGGAAUAUCUCCAUGAAUUGGAGUCCAAGCUUGAUGGCCACUCUGGGGGUGAGGAGAAGCAUGCUGCUAUUGUGGCUGAACUUCGCAAGGAACUGAGCCGUGCUCGUGAGAGCGAGGCUAGCUGCGAAGAGUACAUCUCUACCCUGGAGGAACGUCUCGCUGACGGCGAUCAGGACAUGGAAAUUUUGCAGCGCGAAGUGUUGCGAUUGGAAAACGUCAUCGAACGGCAGCGAGGACUUGGCCAGCUGGAUACUCUACUUAGCAAGUUGGACAAGCACGGUGACAAUGUCGAUGGCGACUACCCUCACCAUCCGCAAGCCCGCGGCAAUGUGUCCUCUCAUCGGCACACACCAUCCCUGGACGUUCUCAGCGAAGCAGUCGAGACCGCCAUCCCGGAAUCUGACGAAGAUCUCGUUGAGCCGAUCAUGGAAGUCGAAGAUGAGUCAUUCGAGCGCUCGGAUUCCGAAACUGAGGUUCCUGGCGAGGAUUUGAUGGUUCUUCAGACCGCAACUAGCAGGCUCGAGGCGCGCCGCUCCGAGGCCCUUCGCGAGGAACCCGUCUCAAGCCCUGCCCAGUCCAAGUUUGUCGCUGAUAAGCUCGAGACUGUCACCCAGGAGCUAUUUGAUCUGCGUCUGCAGCACGAAAACACCAUCGGUGACUUUGAAAUACUCGAAUCCAAGUACGAGCAGGCCCUCAAGGCCCUAGCCGAGCUUCGUCAGGACAAGAUCGACGAAGCCCGCCACCCAGCACCUAUUCAAAAUGAACUUUCGCCACGCCCUGUGUCUUUUUUAGGGAAUGGAGACACUCCGACCUCGAAGUCUGGAGCACAACACUCAUUCUCGCAGUCGCUCUCCUCGGAAUUAUCCUCGGCCGGGGAGCCAUCCACCUUGCGCGAAUCCUCUGAGGACGGAUCAAAGGCAGUUUCAUCCGCCCCGUCGACGCCACAGGUCAUGUCCGCCGGCCAUGUCGACCCGGAGGAGGCUGAGAGCAUGCGCAAGCUGCUCGCCGAGCACCAGGAGAGCGCCGAGCUUAUGACUCAGAAGUAUACUGAGUUGCAGACCGAACACGAGGAAAUUCUUGGACUGGUAGAGAAGCUGAAGGCCGAAGCUCAGCGUAACAAGUCGAGCUCGCCCCCUUCAACUCCCGGUUUCAAGAUGAUCCGUCGCAUGACCAGCCAGAACCUCCUUUCUGGCGUGGACCGCGCGACUCGCGCCAUUACCGGUCUGAGACUCAUUGCUACUGAGGAGUUUGCCGAGAAGCCAGAUGCUAUGCACAACUUCGAUUACCAUUUGGACCAAACCAUGCACGAGUUGCAAAGCCGCAUGGAGCGUCUCCAAUCCCUUGAGGCUGAGAACCAGAGUGUGAAGAAGGAAAUGGAAAUGAAAGCCACUAUCAUCUCCGGUCUGACUAGAGAGCGAUCGAGCUUGACGGGUGCUUCGCCUGUGGAUAUGGCGUUGGUCUCCCAGCUGCGCGAUCAGGUUGUCUCCCAAGAGCUCCAGAUGGAGCAAAUGCACUUGGCUCAUGAAUCUCGCCAGAAGGAGCUUUUAACUGAGAUAGAGAAUUUGAAAGGUCUCUUGAAGUCCCAGGAAAGCGCUACCCGGGCGAUGGACGCCGGUGCCGAGGAGCAGGAUAAGAAGAUUGGUGUUCUGCAGGGUGAGCUCACUGAAUGGCAGGGCAAGCACCAGAGUGCCUUGGAGUCCUUGCAGGCUUCCGAGAACCAGCUGACUGCCACUCUUGCUGAGUUGGAGGGAGCUUUGGCUUCUGUCGAGGCUAUGCGCUCUGAGCGUGUUACCGCUGGUGGUGAUUCUACCAACAAGGAAAUCACGGCCCAAGAGCUCGAGGGUGGUCGCGUUGAACAGCAGGGCAUUGUUGAUAGCCUGAAGAAAGAUAUCGAACAGCACGAGUCUACAAUUACUACUCAGCUUGAGACCAUUGCUAGUCUUCAGAAUUCUCACACGCGUGCUCAGGAUGAACUGGCUGCCCAGAUCACCACCGAAGACGCGGCAAAUGCCGGUGCAGUCGACUUGGGUCUGACCUCUAAGGUUGCUGAGCUCGAGCGGGAGAUUGCUACCCACAAAUCAGUCGUCGAUUCUCACCAGGGUGCACUAGAUACCCUCCAGGAGUCCCAUAAGCGUGAAUUGGCCGAGUUGGAGGAGCGGACCAGAGCUGCUGCCCAGGCUGAUCACGAUGCGCGUAUCGCUGAGAAGGAGACCGAACAUGAACAAUCCAUGGCUACUCUGCAGAAGGAGAUUACGGAGUCUCGCGAUGAAUUGGUCAAGCUACUCAAGGCAGUCUCAACCAUUCUCAACUCCGAGGUCUCGGCUGAGAAUUUGCCGGAUCAGAUUCGGGAGGUCCUGGCUCAAAAGCAGCAGUUCUCCGACAAGUAUACCGAGCUCCUGGGCACUAACGAAGACCUUCGAAAGCAGUUGGAGGCCAAUGGCGACUCCGACAGCCGUCUGGAUGAGAUGAACAAGAAGCACAGCGUCCAGGAGGCCAAGGUUAACGAGCUGGCUCUCUUGGUGGCCACACUGGAGGACACUCUUCGCCAGAAGGAUGAGCAGGUCAAGAAAAAGGAAGCCCUGGUCGAGGAGAUCACGAUUGAGAAGCAGAAGAGCGUGCGUCUCGUCGAGGAGCUAGAGGAGCAGAUCACCAGCAGCUUCGACCAGCACCACAACCGCCUGUCUGUGAUCCAGCAAGAGCGCGAUCAGGCCCUAGAAGACGCCAAAGCCAAGAUCGUCAUCUACGAAGGCGACAUUGAAACCUACCAAGUGCGAAUCGAGCAGUUGGAACUCCAAAUCAAGAAUACCGGCAACUCUGAUGUUUCCCACGACCGCAGCAGCUCACUUACAUCAAACCUCCGCAAGAGCUCAUCCGCUGCCUCCCUUCCCUCGCCCCCGCCAGCAAUCCCCCUCCCACCCCUCCCAACCAUCGCUUCCCAACCAAAUGGCACCUCAAGCGUCUCCCCUCCCAGCUCCCGCCAUGCCAGCAAGGAGCUCGUCAACGCCCAGAUAGUUGAGGACCAAGAAGCCCGUAUACGAACAAUCGAGAAACACCUUUACGCCGAAAAGCAGCUCACUGCCACCCUGGAAGAAGCGCUCGGCGACCUUGAGGCUCAAAGCAGCAAAGUCAAGAGUGACUGCGAAGCAUGGAAGAAGAAGGCCUGGAGCUUCGAAGACGAACUCAACUCCCUGCGGAAAGAGCGCAGCUCCGCCCGCCUCUCUCUUCAAGCCGUCGAAGAAGAGCGCAGUGCCCGUCGCGAGGCGGAGGCUGCCCGUGCCCAGCUCGAGGAGCGCAUGCUCGCUCUCAACAAGAAAAAGAAGAAGAGUACCCUCAACUGCUUCUAA